GGGAUGUCCAACAGGUACACUGGGCUGGAGAGUGAUGUUGGAGGCAGACCCACUGACUGGCGGAUUCUGCCGUCAAAUGCAGUGGGUGAUUCUGCCUUGAGCCGCAAAGCUGAUUAUGCCUCGCUGUCUCAGCCACAAUCCGGAGAAACACCCUGAAACGAUUCCGUGUUGGGACGAGGCUCUAGACCAACUCUAACAUGACCAUCGACAUGGCAGAUCCGCUUUCCAUCCUCAGUUCCCUACUAGCUGUGUUCAGCUAAUGUCUCUCUACGAGGACGGUAUCGAAUCCAACCAUGCCAAAACGACGCCGGAUCGAGUUUCUAGACGGCCCAGGCGACUACUGUUCGCAGUGCAAGGGCAUGAUGUCGUUCGAAGGAGCACCGCGGCUACGGGCUGUCCUCUCUGCAUGUUUUUCUGCGGGGAAUCGACCAUCAUGUGGAAGCCGGGGACCGUUUUGGUUCUCUCUCUGUCGCCCGGCAUCACCGAUUUCGGUGUCCUAUCUGGGACUCCUAGCGAAAUUGUGUCUGCCUUGGCCCAGUCCCGGUUGGCCUGCUCGAACCUGAAGGCUCGAUCGCGGCCCGAGACCGGGGGACAAUAUCAUUGGCAGUUUUCUACCAAACUCUUUACCACGGAGUCUGAUCCCGCUGCCCGGUUCAUCGUCUCUCGUCCCGUCUUCGGAUAUGCAGACGAAGACAAGUUGUUCACAAUGGCUAGAGCGUGGAUGGAAGAUUGCUGUCGCAAUCACCCCGGAAGCUGCGCUCGCAACACCAAGGUGGCGCUCCCUACCAGGCUCAUUGACGUGGGCGAUGAGGCGAUUGCGCCAGACGUUCGAUUGCAUAUCUCUCAGGCAAAUGAGGUCGGAGAGUAUAUGGCGUUGAGCUACUGCUGGGGCGGUGAACAGACUGUCGUCACGACCCAAGACGAGCUGGACUCGAUGAUACAGAGAGUCGCCCUGAGCAGCCUUCCCCGAACUAUUCAAGACGCGGUUCGAGUCACACGGAACAUGGGACAGCGAUACUUGUGGGUUGACGCUCUCUGUAUCGUGCAGGACAGCGAGGAUGACAAGCGGCGCGAGAUCCAGCAAAUGGGGUCAAUAUACAAAAAUGCCGCAUUGACCAUUUCCGCCGCUGCCGCCUCGGACGUCUCUGAGGGCUUUUUGGGUCGACCGCCCAACCCAUUGCCCGGCUGCAAGUGGCAGUUUGACAUCCCAAGCGUCGGGCUUCACACUAUUUUCAUAUCAACCCGACCCGAAACGUUAUUGGAUUAUACGCCCGACCAUCCGUUGGAUCGUCGAGGCUGGGCCCUGCAGGAGAGUCUCCUGUCGCCCCGCCUCUUGGUCUUUUCCGAGCAAGAACCGCUGUGGCACUGCCAAGCUGUCCAGUUCAAGACGGCGAAAGACGGGUACUUGAACUACGACAACAACCGCAAACGCCUUCCGGACUGGGUUUUUACCGACUCGUUUCGUAGCAAGUCGUGGACUACGCCGAAGGAACGGCGGAAUCUCUGGACCGACAUCAUCAACAACUUCACCGACAGGUUGCUCUCGGACAAAGAGGACCGACUGAACGCCGUCGCGGGGAUUGCAGCUGAGCUGCAACGCGGUUGGAAGGACAGCUACUUCUUUGGGCACUGGGAACAAGGGUUUGUUGAGCUGUUAUUGUGGGGAUGCUUUCGUUCACCUUGCACCGAGGAAAGAUCAAGCAGAGCGCCGACGUGGAGCUGGGCCAGUCUCAACUGUCCAGUGCGCUGGGAAAAGGUAAAUAAGCUUGAGGCGACGGCUGAGGUCACGGGCAGGAAUGGCGGCCAUCGGCGCGUGGUGCUUACGUGCAGGACCAGGACGCUAGAAGACGUCACCCGCAUCAAGGCCACAACUGGCUACUUUUAUCCAUCCUACAUUUGGGAUCACGCUGAUCACGCUUCCACGAUGCCUCCUGGUGCCGUACUGAUACUUCUAGCAUCCGCCGCGCCCAGGCGCGAGAGAGUGAAAGUACUCGGCAUCAUCGGUAUACCCACCGAAUCGAGUGGGGGCGUUCAGCGGGUUGGCUUAUUCCAGAUGUGGUCUUUAUCCAAGGAAACCAAGCAAACACUGUGGGGGGAUGUGAAACCGGAGCAAGUUCUCCUCGAAUAGGUCAGGUAGCAUGCGUCCCUCAGGCCCAAACCAGGUUCCCGCUUCUGGUGCUUGUCCACCCCGGUAUGCCGCUCACUGAUGUCUUCGGAUGUAGUGUAGUUAUGGAUGUAGUGUAGUCAUCGAUGUUUAACAAGGAAAGGAAGAAGGCUCUCCGUAGGUGCCUUGC